ACAGGCACCAAGAUGCCCAACCGAGUGGUCUGGAAAGCCAGCCACGCCGGGAGCUGUUACACCGCCUCAGGACCUCAGCUCAACGCCCAGCUAGAAGGCUGGUUUUCACAAGUACAGUCUACGAAAAGACCUGCUAGAGCCAUUAUUGCACCCCAUGCAGGAUACACGUACUGUGGGUCUUGGGCUGCCCAUGCUUACAAACAAGUGGAUCCAUCUAUUACCCGGAGAAUUUUCAUCCUUGGGCCUUCUCAUCAUGUGCCCCUGUCUCGAUGUGCACUCUCCAGUGUGGAUAUAUAUAGGACUCCACUGUAUGACCUUCGUAUUGACCAAAAGAUUUAUGGAGAGCUAUGGAAGACAGGAAUGUUUGAACGCAUGUCUCCGCAGACAGAUGAAGAUGAACACAGUAUUGAAAUGCAUUUGCCUUAUACAGCUAAAGCCAUGGAAAGCCAUAAAGAUGAGUUUACCAUUAUUCCUGUACUGGUUGGAGCUCUGAGUGAGUCAAAAGAACAGGAAUUCGGAAAACUCUUCAGUAAAUCAGCGGAUCCUAGUAAUCUCUUUGUGGUUUCUUCUGAUUUCUGCCAUUGGGGUCAAAGGUUCCGUUACAGUUACUAUGAUGAAUCCCAGGGGGAGAUUUAUAGAUCCAUUGAACAUCUAGAUAAAAUGGGUAUGAGCAUUUUAGAACAAUUAGAUCCUGUAUCUUUUAGCAAUUAUUUGAAGAAAUAUCAUAAUACUAUAUGUGGGAGACGUCCCAUCGGGGUGUUAUUAAAUGCUAUCACAGAGCUCCAGAAGAAUGGGAUGAAUAGGAGCUUUUCCUUUUUGAAUUAUGCCCAGUCGAGCCAGUGUAGGAGCUGGCAAGACAACUCAGUGAGUUAUGCAGCUGGAGCGCUUACGGUCCACUGAAACUCCGAUCCUCAGGGACGCCACUGCACAGACUCGUACCCUGUCCAGGGUCCAGCCUAGACUUUACCCAGAUGUUGGUCCUGGUGUGGGGGGGAUUCUGAAACC